AGGAAUUGCGGCCGCCUCCUGGGCGCGGUGGAUGCCUUCCGGCGGUGGCGGGGCUGGCGGGGCUCGUGCGCCUCCAUCCCGUGCCGCUUCUCGUUCCCCGAGGAGCUGCGGCCGGGCUCGGUGCAGGGGCUCUGGUACUUUCGGCAGCCCCUACCCCAAGAAUUACCGCCGGUGGUCGCCAGGUCCCGGCCCGGGGGGGUCCACGAGAGCUUCGAGGGCCGAGCGAGCUCCGUGGGGGACCCCGGGCUGCGGGAUUGCUCCCUGGAGCUGGGACCCCCCCUCAGCGCCGAGCUCGGGGGGCGCUACUACUUCAGGGGAGACCUGGGAGGGUACAACCAGUACAGCUUCAGCGAGCACACCACCCUCGAGGUGCUGGAGGAGCCGGUGCUGGAGGUGCCCCCCGAGGUGGUGGCGGGCGCCCCGGCCGAGCUGCGGUGCCGCGUGCCCGACUCGUGCCCGCGCCAGCGGCCGCGCCUGCGCUGGGAAGGGGCCCAGGAGCUUCCGGAAGCUUCCGAGCGCGAGUGGCGCGAGGACUCGGCCGGCGCCGCCUCCGUGGUGUCGCGGCUGCGCUUCCGCGCCCGGCGCGAGGACGGCGGCCGCAGGUUGGGCUGCCAGGUGACCCUGCCCAACUCCAGCCUGGCAUUCAGCGCCGGCGUGGCGCUGGACGUGCAGUACGAGCCGCAGGUGCUGGAGGUGUCGGGCCCGGCCGAGGCCCUCGAGGGCUCCCAGGUGCACCUGGGCUGCUCCGCCGAGGGCCGCCCCCCCCCGCUGCUCACCUGGUUCCGGGGGCCGCAGGUGCUGCGGGAGGAGCCGGGGGCGGAGUCGCUGCCGCUGCACCUGGCCCAGGUGAGCCCCCAGGACAGCGGCACCUACACCUGCGUGGCCGAGAACCGGCACGGCCGCCACAACCGGAGCCUGGAGCUGCACGUGGCCUACGCUCCCCGCCCGCCGGUGCUGAACGGCUCUCUGUGGGUGCUGGCAGGUGAGCAGGUGCGCCUCACCUGUUCGGCCUCGAGCCACCCCGCCCCCAUCGUGACGCUGCUGCGCGGGCGCCGCCUGCUCGCCGCGGCCGUCUACGAGCGCCAGGUGAGCCUGGAGCUGCCCGCGGCCGCACCUGAGGACGCCGGCGAGUACCUGUGCAGGGCCGAGAACCAGCACGGCCACAGCAGCCUGGCCUUCAACGUCACCGUGGAGUACGCGCCGGUGCUGCUGCCGGAGUCGCGCUGCGCCCCGGUGGGGGAGGGGCUGGCCAGGUGCGUCUGCGCCGCCGCCGCCGUGCCCGCCCCUGCCGUGGCCUUCGAGCUGCCCUCGCUGAACGCCACCGUGGGGGAGGGGCACCGCGACUUCGCCCUCACCUGGAGCUCACCUGGCGGCGUGGGCGCCGCCCUGACGCUGCGCGGGGGCCUGGAGCCGCGGCUGGCCGUGGUGUGCGCCGCCAGGAACGGCCACGGCGCCGCCAGGAUGCAGCUGCGCUUCCAUCACCCAGCGGGGCUGGUCUGGGCCAAGGUGGGCCCGGUCGGAGCCGUCGUCGCCUUCGCCGUCGUCAUCGCCCUCGUCUGUUACCUGAGCCAGAGCCGCCGCAAGAAGGCGUCGGGAAGCCCCGAGGUGACCCCGGUGACCCCGGCGGGGGGGCGGGACCCGGAGCCACGCCCACUGCAGGCGCGGUGGCUUCGCCGUUGGGCGCUGGGGGUGGGGGAGGGGCAGACGGCCCCGCCCGAGGCCGCCCCUCCCCCCCCCAAACCCGCCCGGGGCCCCCCCGAGGAGCCCCCGGAGUACGCCGAGAUCCGGGUGAAGUGACCACGCCCACCUGGACACGCCCACCUCACCUGGACACGCCCACCUCACCUGGACACGCCCCGCCCGGACCACACCCGCUGCACCUGGACACACCCGGACACGCCCAAUGCGCGCUUUAGACACACCCACCGUACCUGGACACGCCCACCCGGGCCACGCGCAUCGCGCCUGGACACGCCCACCUCACCUGGACACGCCCACCACACUUUGACCCUCCUGGGCCACGCCCCCCGCACCUGGACUGCGGCAAGAGCCGCGUCGAGAGGCCACGCCCACAGCUGGGCCACGCCCACUUGUGCCAGCUCAGCCACGCCCAUCUUGUGGACACUCCCCUUUUUAGCCUGACCACGCCCACCUGUUUAUCCUGGCGGUGACCACGCCCAUUCCCUGGCCACACCCAUUUCCCUCAGCUGACCACGCCCACCUCGAUGUGACCACGCCCAGGGCCAUUUUGCAUUGACCACGCCCACUUUCCCCACUGGCCACACCCACCUCCCACUCCUGGCCACGCCCAUCUCAUUACCCUACACGUGACCACGCCCACUAUGUCAGGCGCACCAUGAUGGGGCCACGCCUACAUUCACAUGACCACGCCCAUUUCUUGUCAGACCACGCCCACCACCAAUAGCCUGGCCACACCCACCUCGUGGCCACACCCAUUUCCUCCCCGACCACGCCUCCAGACAAGCCCCGCCCCUCUCAUUAAUUAUUUAUUGCCCCUCAUUAAUGAAUUCAUUAACGCGUGACCUUUGACCCCCAAUAAAACCGGAAGUGCCCGAAGGGGCUCCUGGGAGCCGAAA